GUUUUCGACCUGCUUGUCCAUCUCACCGACCGCUGCCAUGUUUGUUGCCCCGCCCGGCUACCAGCCCAUCUAUGGGCCUAGAAUUCCCUAUCUGGGGCCCAUUUAUGGAGGCUUGAGGGAAGGAGUGUCCAUCUACAUCCAGGGGUCCAUCCCUGAAGACAUCACCAGGUUCUUCAUCAACCUGCUCUGCGGAGAGUCUGAGGCCAGCGACAUCGCCAUGCACUUCAACCCUCGGUUUGAUGGCUGGGACAAGGUGGUCUUCAACUCUUGUCAGGGUGGAUCCUGGGGGUCCGAGGACAAGAUCCGUAGUAUGCCUUUCUGCAAGGGCGAGCUCUUUGAAAUGGUCAUCAUAGUAACUUUACAGGGUUACCAGAUUAGAGUCAACGGGAAUGACUUCUACACCUUCGAACACCGUCUCCCCAUGGAGCGAGUUUGUGCAAUGCAGAUUGCAGGAGAUGUUUCCAUCCAGACGAUUAAUGUGAUCGGGGUGAGAGGAAUGGGAGGAGGAAUGGGAGGAGGCAUGGGAGGAGGCAUGGGAGGAGGAAAUGUUCAACAGGGAGGAUAUCCCGGAGGAGGCAUGGGGGGAGGAUACCCAGGCGGCAUGGGAGGAGGAAUGGAAGGAGGAUAUCCAGGAGGCGGCAUGGGGGGUGGAUAUCCAGGAGACAUGGGAGGCGGUAUGGGGCAGGGUGGAUUCCCAGGAUCAAAUCUGCCGGGUAUGGGUGGACAGCCAGUCUACAAUCCUCCUGUUCCCUACUCCAACAUGAUCCCAGGAGGGAUGUUCCCCAAGAGGACCCUCAUCAUCAGAGGCAUGGUGCCCUACGGAGCUGACAGAAUGAGCAUCAACUUCAUGGUGAGCAGAUGUCGGGACAUUGCCUUCCACAUGAACCCCAGAGUGAGGGAGGGGCUUGUGGUGAGAAACAGCAUGCUGGGAGGCAGCUGGGGCCAGGAGGAGAGAGAGCUCAGCAUGAGUCCCUUCAUGGAGGGACAGUACUUCGAUAUGUCGAUUCGCUGCGGGAACCAGAGGUUUAAGGUGUUUGUGAACGGGCAGCACUUGUUUGACUUCUUCCACCGAUUCCAGUCCUUCAGUGAGAUCGACAUGCUGGAGAUAGAAGGCGACAUACAAAUCUCCUACAUCCACUUCUGAGACCACACACAUGUUUGUACUAAACACUGCUUUUUCAUUGUUUUAUAGCAGAAGAUGCAUCAGCUACUGAGUUUUUACAUUUUUUUUCUCAAGUUCUUCAUGUUACCUCACCUCCUGCUGUAUUGAUUACACCUGGUUGACUGAAAUAAUGUCACAAACACACAUUUUGUAUGAAUAAAAUCAAUACCGUCAACGUCCAGCUCAUUUUUGAAUGAACACAUUUAUUUCUUAUGCAAAAUACUGCAGAUGCUGUAUAAAAAUUUGUUUACAAAUCAUGACAGUGACAAUAUAAAGGCAGCUAUAAUACAAUCUUCUCCCAAUUAAAAAAAAAAAAAAAAAAGACCACCAGGA